AUGGAGAACGCGCACACGAAGACGCCGGCAGAAUGCCUGGCCUUCUUCGGGGUGAACAUGGAAACCGGUCUUACCCCAGACCAAGUCAAGAAGAACCUUGCCAAGUAUGGCCCCAAUGGUGAGACCCACGGAGGGAUGUAGGGGUGCAUGAAUGAAGGGGAACAUAGAAAAUAAAUGGCAACUGACGGUCGAAUAGACAAAGUACAGGAGGUGUGCACUGUGCCGAAAGAUUAGAGACCACUGUGGUAGACAUUUACAAGUAGUAGAUGGGUGAUGUUUGCAGGUUUGCAUUUAUUGUCAUGAAUCUUGCCCUGGCAGCUCUACAGAGUGGUCACUCGCUGGCACAGCCACAGACAUUAAAUCUGAUUUUAAACCUAAACCUAACCUUAACCCUAACCUUAACCACACUGCUAACUGUAACCUUAAAUUAAAAUCAAAAGCAUUUAUUUUAUGAUAUAGCCAAUUCUGACUUUGCAACUGGCCGGAAAUCGCUCAGUUCUGCCUCCAAGACAAGAUUCAUGACAAUAAAUGUCAACCUGCGUAAUGUUUAGUAUGUGAAAAAACGAUAAUAUCUCUUAACGAUAUCACAAGUCAUGCUAACUUUGAAGUUGACAAGUUGUCAACAACAAGACUGAUUUUUUUGUUAGGGACACUUGCAGCACGCAGUAAUGUUCUGUGUUCGAUUCUUUUUUAGAAAUGGGUUAGGUUAGUUGCAACAGGUGGUAGACAAGGACAUACAGAGACUUGGAGAAGCAGAUACUUUUGGGGCUUUGAAGAGCUAAUUAAAGAGGAAAGGAAGAGUGGAGAGCGAGACAGGUGACGGCUCAAGAGUCUUCCUGGGUAAUAUGCAGGGCGAGCAUUAACAGAGAGGGGGGAUAAUUUUAGGCCCAAUGCAGAGGGGGAGGUCCUUAGAUGGCUAACGGGGAUGAAUGAUCUGAAAUAUGAUCACUGAUCAAUGACCAUUUUAAUGCAGCGUGAACUACAUAGACCAAGCAAAGUUAGAUGGAAGUCGGCUUCGAUUGGCUUGCUGAAAUGCCCACACCAUUCUGUGUUCAUUUAGCAUUGCAUAAGCUGGCUACAAUUUGCAUUUAUGGCUACAAUUUGCUAACGAUGAUGCUUUUGUAGCAAAAAAAAGGAUUUGAUGAGUAAGCAAGUGUAUCAAUAAACUUACAGUAAAGACCACAAUCAGCAACAUGGCAAUUACUGUUAUCAGAUAAUUGUCGACAAUUCCAUGGGCUACAUUUCAUUGCAUUUCUGGUUUAUGGCUAGUUUAUGGGCACUCAGAAUUUAAUGUUUAAUUUGUUUGUUCUUCCCGAUUUUAAUAAUAAUAUGCCAUUUAGCAGACGCUUUUAUCCAAAGCAACUUACAGUCAUGCGUGCAUACAUUUUUUUUGUGUGUGUAUGGGUGGUCCCGGGGAUCAAACCCACUACCUUGGCGUUACAAGCGCCAUGCUCUACCAGCUGAGCUACAGAGGACCACAAAGCAAUAGUUGAAACACAGAUACAUUAUUUAUCGGAUGUGUUGUGCACUAAGACACUUUAAAGCACAGUCUGGCUUGGUCUGAUUUUUGUUAUUGGUUAAUCCAAAAUGGUUGAAAGUCAGGAUAUAGAAAUGUAAUGUCAUGACUAAAACAUUUUUAGUCAUGACAUUCCAUUUCAUUAGUCAGUAUAUCAGAUUUUUGACGCAGCUUUUCACUACUAUUAGAACCACGAUUAGGGAAAAUAGAACAUGCUGGAGAUAAAUAGCCCAUAUUUUUAAUUGAAUAUAUGCACAGUCCAAGUGGUUUGAACUAAGAUAAGUUUGACAUAUCAUACAGUUAUGAUUAAUAAUAACUUUUCUAUUGUGCUCAUAAUUAUUUUCUGUUCUGCCCUCCUUCUCUGCAUCAUGAUUGGACAACCCCAGCGCUGCCAGCUGAGGAGGGUAAGUGUUUUUCGUCACUUGAACUGUCACAAAUAAGAACCACAUUGUGGAAAUGUACCAAUCUUUUAUCAAUAUUAUUGCUACUUUUUACACGUGAUUUUUACACGUGAUUCGAUCCAUUCGAUCCACUGGCUUCGAUCCAAAAUAAAAUCAACCUUUAUCAGGGGUUAAUUGUAGCAUGCAAGCAACCGUUUGAUUGUGGAAUUCCUUGCACAGUACUGCAUAAUCCUCACACUCUUGUAUAAUCCUGGUAAAUGGGCUUCCACAUUUAUAGACAUAUGACUCCAAAUCAAUGCAAAUCAAUCAAUAGAUUACUUUUACAUGGUCAUUUUCCCUCACCUAUUUUGGGUUUGAAAACAAGCAAAAAAUUCCAUACAUUAUCACUCUCACACCGCCUUCAGCAUACUAAUGAUCUUGCCCCCCAGACACUUAAACAAAAAUAACAAAUACACACAGAUUCUCAGAUUAUUUAAAAAUAAUACUUGUUUCUCUCUCUCUCUCUCUCUCUCUCUCUCUCUCUCUCUCUCUCUCUCUCUCUCUCUCUCUCUCUCUCUCUCUCUCUCUCUCUCUCUCUCUCUCUCUCUCUCUCUCUCUCUCUCUCUCUCUCUCUCUCUCUCUCUCUCUCUCUCUCUCUCUCUCUCUCAGGUAAGACCACCUGGGAGCUUAUUGUGGAGCAGUUUGAGGAUCUGUUGGUCAGAAUCCUGCUGCUGGCUGCCUGCAUCUCUUUUGUGAGUAAACAAAGACUACGCUAG